UGUCUGCAAAGUGCUUCUUUUACUUUGUUGCUGUAAACUAUUUUUUGUAAAAAACAUGCUUCCAGUAAUUUAGCUUUACAUUAUUAGAGGCUAGUUUAGUUGGCACUGAAAAAAAACCCACCCUUGUUCCUGUUUUGUGGGGGAUAAAAAGAGAAGGAAGAGAAUAAAAGAGCAGGCAGUUGGUAGAGGCUUCGCUGAGAAAGAACAGAAGCUGCAGCAGCAGGUGAUCGUCUGUAACGUCUCCAUCAUGAAGCUCCUGAUGCUGUGCGCACUUCUCUGUGUCUUGGCUUUGACCAGAGCUGCUAAAAAAGGCGCAGAUGCACGACUGCAACAACCUGAUGAAGAUGUGUCUCUGCUGGAGAAGAGGUUUCUUUGGUGGUGUCCGACUGGAUGGACUAAGUACAGUGGCCGAUGUUUCCACUUUGUACCACGAACUUUGACUUGGGCUGAGGCUGAGAAAAACUGUCAGGCCAUGGGUGGACAUCUGGCAUCUAUGAGAAACAAGGAAGAGUAUUUUUGGGUCCAGCACAUGAUAGCUACUCAAACCAACAGCUAUCCAGCAACAUGGAUCGGAGCCUCCACUCGUAAAACGGACACCGAUUGGCUCUGGAGUGAUGGAACCAAAUUCACCUUCACCUUCUGGUGUAAGGGAGAACCAAACAAUCAAAAUUCACAGCACUGUGUGCAAAUGAAUUUUUCAGACAACAAAUGCUGGGAUGAUUAUCAGUGUGACGGCCAACGUUCAUCUGUAUGCGUCAAGGGCUCAAAGUUCCUUGGCGGGAAAUAAGACGUGGUUUGAAAAAAAGCCUACAACUGGUGGAUUUCUGUUUUUCUUCCGCUUUUUGUUCAUACUGUUUCACAUGUAGCUUCAGAAGAGACAUUCAGGUACCAGCUGGUUUGUGCCUGGUGGUUUGAACAAAUUCGUUAUCUUCUGCUAUUCUGUCUGACGCAAAAAUAAAAUCUUCACGCAUUAAAACAUGA